CUGUCGGAUCAUCAGGAUCCAGUUGUAGGAGACUGUGAUGCUGUACAGGGCCCAUGUCCAUUCGCACAGAUUGGCUGCUCAAGAACCGAGGUAUGAGCGCAAAUGUAAAUUAAUCGCUGCUGAGUGGUAAGAUCACUAACUGAUCCUAGAAAUGAAUUUUUAAUCACAUCUAAUAUGAUCUUCUCAGUGUUUUGAAGAGCCUGUUCUGUUUUGUACAUAUAAGACCUCCGCUCAACAGAGCGACGUUCUUUCGACUGAGCUAACUGGGCGGCCAACUUUGGAGCCUGAUUUGAAAUCUCCCAACCGUUAUCAUAAUUUAACCCCUGCCAGAAUGAACUACCGGUAAGCGAAAACUGGUUUAAAUUACGUCUUCCUAUUGUUUAUCUUGCGAAUGUUCUGAAGCAUAACGCUUAUUUUAUUUUCAGGCACUCAUCAGUAGACAAAAGAAAGAGCACCUGGAGAGAGAAUAUGUUUACCACACAACAUUGCUACUUCAUCAUGGCGUUAGGGUGGGUAGAGAAAUGGAAGCACUUUUGACUCGUGAUCCAAGAAUCUUGUCGAGAGGCCCGCAUAUCUUCACAAACUAUGACGGUAUCAUUUCUGACAUGCUCGCUCGAAUACAAACCAGUACAGCAGAGAUCAGAGAUUUACAAGAAAGAACACGAGAGCACAGCCAACGAAUCACGUCUUUGGAACGUAGGCUUUCGGCAUUUGCUCAAGUCUCUGGGAAUUCAAUUGGCAGUUCAUCGAACGACGAGAUAACACGAAGGGUAAGCAAUCUCGAGAAUUUGACUGCCGAACACGGAGCGCUUUUGGCAGGAAAUGAACGUGCGAUUGGGGAAACUAACAGGACUCUGCACUCUUAUGAGUACACACUGGCUGAUAGAAAUGUCACUUUGGCCCAGCUAGAAGAUAAGACCGCUGACCACGAGGUUCUGUUGGUUGAAAGUAAUCGUUCAAUCGAGCAGGCAAAUCGGGAUAUGGGUAAUGUAAGGCGACUGGUUGAGAAUAACCAGGAGACCGUCAGAAGGGUGGAAAGAAGGAUUGAGUCUAUUGAGCAUACACUGGCUCUGAGAAACGUCACCUUAGCUGAUUUGGAGGAAUACAUCAGGCAACAGGAGUCUUCAAGCUACGAUGGCCAGUUGCUGUGGAAAAUAACUGAAUUUUCACGCAGGAGAAACGAGGCAGUCAGCGGUCAACAAGUAUCAUUCUAUAGUCCGUGCUUCUACACCGGUCGCUAUGGAUUCAAGAUGUGUGUCCGCAUUUAUUUAAACGGAGAUGGCAUGGGCCGAGGAACACACAUCUCUGUGCUCUUUGUUGUCAUGCGCGGUCAGUAUGACGCGUUGCUUCGCUGGCCAUUCAGUCAGAAGGUCACGUUCAUGUUGUUGGAUCAAGAUAAUGGUGAAGACGUGAUCGAUUCGUUCAGGCCUGAUCCUAACAGCUCCUCAUUUCAGAGACCGACGAGGGAAACGAACAUUGCAAGUGGGUGUCCGAUGUUUUGCUCUCUGACCGAAUUAAAUAAUCACGCUUAUGUGCGAGAUGAUACAAUGUUCUUAAAAAUAAUAGUAGACACAUCUGAUUUGUAG